AUGGGAAUGAUCGUGAUGAAACAAGGUCAAGCUUUGGUUUUGGAGGCGAUUCAGCCUGUGAAAUAUACACCGCUUCAACAAUGGAUCAAUCGCGGUGUAAAUAAAGCCUAUGUCGUAAAGCGUUAUCAACCUCAAUUAACUGCAGAGCAACAGCACAAGUUAGUCAAACAGGCCGAGACUUAUUUAAAUAAACCCUAUGAUAUCGAAGUGUUAAAGCACUUAUGCGACAACGCUAUGGACAGCAUAUUCCAUUGCAAGAAACUGUGA